AAUGGCAUUCAAGUUUGUAGUCUUCGCUGCCCUCGUGGCUGUUGCCAAUGCCGGAGCCAUCGGAGCUCCUUUGAGUUAUGCUGCUCCAGCUCAAUUGGCAUACGCAUCUGCUCCAGUUGCUUACGCGCAACCAAUUGCGAAAGCAGUUGUGGCAAAAACUGUUGACACCGAAUACGACCCUCAUCCUCAAUAUAGCUACGCCUAUGAUGUCCAGGAUGGUCUGACCGGAGACUCCAAAGGACAGCACGAAACCCGCGAAGGAGACGUUGUCCACGGCAGUUACAACCUCCUCGAAGCUGACGGUACUCGACGAAUUGUGGAUUAUACCGCCGACCCCGUCAAUGGAUUUAAUGCAGUCGUUCGCAAGGAACCAGCUGCAGUAGCUGUCAAGGCUGUCGCUGCCGCCCCAGUUGUUAAGGCCGUCGCUCACGCUCCAGUCGCAUAUGCUGCUCCUCAAUACGCUCAAUACGCCGCCCCAGCCGUUGCUGCCGCUCCUGCUCUCUACGCAGCUCCUGCUCAAUACGCCCCAGUUGUCAAGACCGUCUCUCACGCUCCAAUUGUCGCUCAGCCAGCUCUUCAAUACGCUCAAUAUGCGCAUGCUCCAGUCGCCUACGCGUCUGCGCCCCACUACGGAUACGCCGCCGCACCCGCUUACUACCACUAG